GAUGGCUAGUCUCUCCAUGCAUAUGUUCGCUCCAGCGGACUUUAAAGGGAAGUUCAGGAAGAUCCAGCCGAGAAAAAGACCCACUAUCUUCAAAGAAGCAUCCCCCGUAGGAAAGCGCCCCCUCCCCCAAGUGAGCAGCACUCUAGGCGAGAGGAAAGGUCCCAUUGCCACGAUGCCAGUUACCGUGGACCCCGAGAGCAAACCGGGAGAGUAUGUCCUCAAAAGCCUGUUCGCCAACUUCACCACCCUGUCUGAACGCAAAAUACGCAUCAUCAUGGCAGAACCACUGGAAAAGCCCCUCACCAAAUCUCUACAAAGAGGAGAAGACCCACAGUUCGAUCAGCUGAUCAGCACUAUGAGCUCACUUGCUGAGUAUUGUCUUCCUUCAAUCCUGCGGACGCUAUUUGACUGGUAUAAAAGACAGAACGGCUUGGAAGACGAGUCCCACGAAUAUCGCCCACGUGCAAACACCAAGUCCAAAAAUGAUGAACUGCAGAAAGAUUAUCUGAUGGAAAGGAGGGACUUAGCAAUAGACUUCAUAUUCUCACUGGUGCUUAUUGAGGUUUUAAAACAGAUCCCUCUCCACCCUCUUCUGGAUGGCCUCAUUCAGGAAGUCAUUAACCUGGCUUUCAAACACUUUAAGUACAAAGAGGGGUACCUUGGGUCCAACACAACCAACAUGCACAUAGUGGCUGAUCUGUAUGCAGAGGUUGUCGGUGUCGUGGCCCAGUCCAGGUUUCCUGCUGUGAGGAAGAAGUUCAUCUCAGAGUUGAAGGAGCUCAGGCAGAAAGAACAAAGCCCGCAUGUGGUCCAGAGCACCAUCAGCCUCAUUAUGGGGGUCAAGUUCUUUCGCAUUAAAAUGUACCCAGUGGAAGAUUUUGAAGCAUCUUUCCAGUUUAUGCAGGAGUGUGCUCUGUAUUUCUUGGAGGUGAAAGAUAAGGACAUUAAACACUCUCUGGCUGGACUCUUCGUAGAGAUACUCGUCCCUGUAGCCGCAUCGGUAAAGAAUGAGGUGAAUGUGCCCUGUUUGAGAAACUUUGUGGAAACCCUCUACGACACAACGUUAGACCUGUCAUCCAGAAAGAAACACUCUCUGGCUCUGUAUCCAUUGGUAACGUGUCUGCUGUGUGUGAGCCAGAAGCAGAUCUUUCUGAACAGAUGGCACAUCUUCCUCAACAACUGCCUGUCCAACCUGAAAAACAAAGACCAUAAAAUGGCCCGGGUGGCACUUGAAUCCCUCUAUCGGCUGCUGUGGGUCUACAUGAUCCGAAUCAAAUGUGAAAGCAACACUGCAACACAAAGCCGCCUCACCUCAAUCAUAUCAACACUGUUCCCUAAGGGUUCACGGAGCGUCGUUCCUAGAGACAUGCCGCUCAACAUCUUUGUCAAGAUAAUUCAAUUCAUUGCCCAGGAAAGGCUGGAUUUUGCAAUGAAAGAAAUAAUAUGUGAUCUGCUGAGUGUUGGAAAAUCAGCCAAAGCUUUUAGUUUAAAUCCAGAGAGGAUGAACAUCGCUCUGAGAGCAUUCCUCGUCAUAGCCGAUAACCUGCAGCAGAAAGAUGGUGAACCACCCAUGCCGAACACGGGGGCCACUUUGCCUUCUGGGAACACACUGAAGAAGAAAAAAACCUACCUCAGCAAAACUCUAACUGAGGAGGAAGCAAAACUUAUAGGUAUGGCACUGUAUUAUUCCCAGGUCAGGAAAGCCAUUGAUAACAUCCUGAGGCACUUGGACAAGGAGGUGGGACGCUGCAUGAUGCUCACCAAUGCCCAGAUGCUUAACAAGGAACCUGAGGACAUGAUCACCGGUGAGAGAAAACCAAAGAUUGACUUGUUCCGGACGUGUGUUGCGGCCAUUCCCCGAAUCCUGCCAGAUGGCCUGUCCAAAAUUGAGCUCAUCGAUCUCUUGGCCAGGCUGACGGUCCACAUGGAUGAUGAACUCAGACUUAUUGCCCAGAAUUCCCUGCAGAGUCUGCUGCUGGACUUCUCCGAUUGGCGAGAAGACGUGCUGUUCGGGUACACUAACUUCCUGCUGCGUGAAGAUGGCGAUAAAUCCAUGAUCGAUGUUAUGGACCAACUGGCCCCCAGCGUGCUGGAGAGUUUCGUCCAUGUGGCCGUCUCUGACACUGCCACCCUGCCCAUGAGUCAUCACGUGGACCUGCAGUGGCUGGUAGAGUGGAAUGCCCGCCUGGUUAACAGCCACUAUGACGUAAAGAGCCCGUCUCACGUGUGGAUCUUCGCCCAGUCUGUGAAGGACCCCUGGGUGCUCUGCCUGUAUAGCUUUCUUAGGCCAGAGCACCUCCCUAAGCACUGCUCCACGGCGCUCAGCUAUGCCUGGCCCUACGCCUUCACACGCCUACAGCUGCUUAUGCCGCUUGUUGACCCAAAUAGUCCCGUUUACGCCAAAAAGACCAGCACGCCUGGAUCAGCCGAUGGCUAUGUGACGCUGUGGAGGAAUUACCUGAUAUUGUGCCUUGGUGUUGCCAAACCUAGUAUCAUGAGUCCAGGUCACCUGAGAGCCUCUACACCUGAAAUCAUGGCUACCACACCCGAUGGCAGUGUCACGUAUGACAACAAGGUGAUAGGCACACCAUCAGUGGCGUGGCUCCUGAAGCAGCUGGUUCCUCUCAUGAGAUCGGAGAGUUUAGAGAUCACAGAGUCUCUCGUCCUAGGCUUUGGGCGAACAAAUUCCCUAGUGUUCAGGGAGCUGGUGGAAGAACUCCAUCCUCUAAUGAAAGAAGCUCUGGAGAGGAGGCCCGAGAAUAAGAAGCGUAGAGAGCGAAGAGAUCUGCUUCGGCUGCAGCUGCUGCGUAUCUUUGAACUUCUUGCUGACUCAGGGGUCAUCAGUGACAGUACCAAUGGGGCAUUGGAACGAGAUUCCCUGGCUCUAGGAGCCCUUUUUCUGGAGUAUGUCGAUCUGACCCGGAUGCUCUUAGAAGCAGAGAAUGACAAAGAGCUGGACAUUUUGAAAGACAUGAGAGCUCAUUUCAGUGGAAUGGUGGCCAACCUCAUCCAGUGUGUUCCAGUCCACAACAGGCGGUUAUUGUUCCCCCAGCAGAGCUUGAGGCAUCACCUCUUCAUUCUCUUCAGCCAGUGGGCUGGACCCUUCAGUGUCAUGUUCACACCUCUGGACCGCUAUAGUGAUCGCAACCACCAGAUCACACGCUACCAGUACUGUGCUUUGAAGGCUAUGUCAGCGGUAUUAUGUUGUGGCCCUGUGUUCGAUAACGUGGGCCUUUCUUCAGAUGGAUAUUUGUACAAGUGGCUGGACAAUAUAUUAGCCUGCCAUGAUCUCCGGGUGCAUCGGCUGGGCUGUGAGGUUGUUAUCUUGCUCCUGGAACUAAACCCAGAUCAGGUGAAUCUUUUUAACUGGGCUGUGGAUCGCUGCUUCACUGGAUCAUACCAGCUUGCUUCAGGGUGCUUCAAAGCUAUUGCUACUGUGUGCGGUAGCAGGAAUUAUCCAUGUGACAUCGUGACCCUUUUGAAUCUGGUGUUGUUUAAGUCAUCUGACACAAGUAGAGAGAUUUACGAGAUAUCCAUGCAGCUCAUGCAGGUCCUGGAGUCUAAGUUGUCCGUUUACUCAAAGAAGAUUGUGGGACAAAAAUCAGGAAAUAUCCUGUAUGGCACACAUGGUCCUUUACCACCACUAUACAGCGUUUCUCUCUUCCAGCUCUCAAACCAGCUGGCCUGCAUGUAUCCUGAACUCACCCUGCCUCUCUUCUCAGAGGUCAGCCAGAGGUUCCCCACCACUCACCCUAACGGCAGACAAAUCAUGCUGACCUACCUGCUGCCAUGGCUGAACAACAUAGAGCUGGUGGAUACAGGAUUGCUCCCCACAACCUCCAGCCCGUGCACUCCAGAGGAAGAGGCUCGUGAGCAGGCUGACGGCCUGGGAAUCAGCCACAGGCUCAAAGGCAACGGCUGGGGCUCUCUGCAGGCCACCUCACUGGUCCUAAACAACCUUAUGUUCAUGACUGCAAAGUAUGGAGAUGAAGUCCCAGGUCCUGAGAUGGAGAAUGCCUGGAAUGCUCUUGUGGCCAAUGACAAGUGGAGUAACAACCUGAGAAUAACGCUGCAGUUCCUCAUAAGCUUGUGCGGAGUCAGCAGUGACACUACACUGCUGCCAUAUAUUAAGAAAGUGGUGAUAUAUCUGUGUCGGAACAACACCAUUCAGACCAUGGAGGAGCUGAUCUUUGAGCUUCAGCAGACAGACCCAGUAAACCCAGUGGUCCUACACUGUGACAACCCACCAUUUUACCGCUUUGUUGCCAGCAACAAGACCUCCGUUGUGGCCUCAGGCACAACAUCUAGCAGUAAUACGGUAGUGGCCGGGCAAGAAAACUUCCAGGAGGCAGAUGAGCCAAAGAUCGCCAGAGAGAAUGAAGAGAGGUUGAGCAGCGCAGCCCGGGCUCAUAACCGCCUGGAAUCACGCUACAGCAACAGCUCAGGAGGUUCUUAUGAUGAAGAGAAAAAUGACCCUCUGCCUCCAUAUGCUGCCUGGUUGAUAAGUGUAUUGGAGAGUAACAGACCUCAGCCUCUUCCCAUGCCUGUGAAUGGAGGCUGUUGGGCCCCGCUGGUGGACUACCUGCCUGAGACCAUCACCCCACGGGGACCCCUUCACAGAUGUAACAUAGCUGUGAUCUUCAUGACGGAGAUGGUUGUGGACCACAGCGUGAGAGAAGACUGGGCACUACACCUGCCGCUGCUUCUUCAUGCUCUCUUCCUAGGUUUGGAUCAUUACCGGCCAGAGGUAUUUGAGCACAGCAAGAGGUUACUCCUGCAUCUCCUCAUCGCCCUCUCCUGCAACAACAACUUCCAGGUCAUUGCCUCUGUCCUGUUACUAACCAGAGAGAUCGGUGACAACAAGACCCUCACCGUUAAAUCCAGCUGCCAGCCUGAACACCUCUACCCAGGGGGGUUUGAUUUCCUGCGGGAGUGGCAGGCAUCACCAGUGGCGGAUUCUGGACUUAGCUCGUCCUCCACCUCCUCUAGUGUGAGCCUGGGAGGAAGCAUUGGAAACCUGCCACAAAUCACAGCUGACCUGGAGGAACUAGACGAGUCCUCCACAGAAUCAGAGGAGAAAACCAACAAGCUCAUUGAGUUCCUCACCACUAGGGCGUUCGGACCGCUUUGGUGCCAUGAAGACAUCACACCAAAGAACCCCAACUCUAAGAGUACCGAGCAGCUCACCAACUUCCUCCGGCAUGUGGUUUCUGUAUUCAAGGAGUCCAAAUCAGAUUUCCAUCUAGAGCAUCAGCUGAGCGACGUUGCUUUGCAGACGGCACUCUGCAGCUCCUCCCGCCAUUACGCCGGGCGCUCGCUCCAGAUCUUCCGUGCCUUGAGACAACCCCUCUCUGCCCAUGCUGUAUCUGACCUACUCUCACGCCUUGUGGAGGUUGUGGGGGAACAUGGGGAUGAAGUACAGGGUUACGUAAUGGAGAUUUUACUCACUCUAGAGUCUGUUGUAGAUAAUUUAGCUGAAUGUCUGAACAACAGUGAGCUUAUGGCAGCUUUGACGAGAGAUUCCUCUCCAGACUUCCUGGUGAGCGGGAAGCUCAACCCAAACCGUAAGAGCACAGGGCAGCUGAACCUGCACCAAGAGGGUGGGACUAACGAGCGGAACAGGCAUCAGCGCAGUUACUCCGUCCCGAAGAAGUUUGGCGAAAGUGGGGAAAACUCAUCCUCCAACCCUCCUCGCAGCGCCACGCUGGACCGCAUCCAAGCCUGUACCCAACAAGGUCUUGCCCGAUCAGCCCGCAGUACAUCCUCAAACUCUACCCGCGCUGACACAAGUGUCAUCACCGACCCCUCCCACUCCAGUCACCCCGCCAACCUGCUUGCCACCAUCUUCUGGGUGGCGGUGUCACUCAUGGAGUCAGACUUUGAAUUCGAGUACCAGAUGUCAUUGAGGCUGGUACACAAACUGCUGGCACGGGUUCCGUUGGAUCUGCAGGAGAACAGGGAGAGACUUGAGAAGCUCCAGGCCCAGCUGAGGUGGAGUGGCUUUUCCGGGCUGCAGCAGCUGCUCCUGAAGGGAUUCACUUCUUCGGCCACAAAUGAUCUUACGCUUCAGCUGUUCUGUCAGCUUACACCUGUUUCUCGAGUGCCAGUAGUGGACACAUCGCAGGCUAUAGGUUUUCCUCUGAACGUGCUUUGCCUGCUGCCUCACUUGGUGCAACACUUCGGUAGCCCUACGCAGUUUUGUAAAGAAAGUGCUGAGAGGAUUGCACAGGUGUGUCUGGAGGAGAAAGACAAGAACACUAAACUUUCUCAUCUAGCUCAUGUAAUGACUCUGUAUAAGACUCGUUCGUACACCAGAGACCCCUUCUCGUGGGUUAAUGUGGUGUGCCGCUACCUGCAUGAGGCCUUUUCGGACAUCACACUCAGUCUGGUGACGUAUAUGGCUGAGUUGCUAGAUAAAGGAUUACCCAGCAUGCAACAGCCCCUGCUGCAGAUCAUCUACAGUCUGCUGAGCCACAUGGAUUUGGCAGGAAUUCAGGUCAAACCUUUAAAUGUAGAGGUGCUAAAGACCAUUGAGAAAUUUGUACAGACGGUUCACUGGAAGGAAGCACUGAACAUUUUGAAGCUGGUUGUUUCCCGUUCGGCCAGCCUGUCCCUGCCGUCCUACACCCAUGGUGACCUAGCCCACCUGGAGGUUAGCCGUAUGAUGUGGGAUGGCUCAUCUAAAGCCCUGCCAGGAAAGACACUGGAAUUCCAUUUUGACAUAUCCGAGACGCCGGUUAUUGGCCGCAGAUAUGAUGACCUGCAGGGAUCAGGAGGGAGAGAUGGGAAAGCCCGCGCAAUCGCAGUGACCCGUAGCACGUCCUCCACCUCUUCAGGGUCCAAUUCAAACACCGUCUUGGUGCCAGUCAGCUGGAAACGGCCACAAUCAUCACAGAAGCGAACAAGAGAGAAGCUAGUGAAUGUUCUGUCACUCUGCGGACAGGAAGUUGGCCUCACCAAGAACCCAUCUGUGAUCUUCUCAUCCUGUGGUGAUCUGGACCUCAUGGAGCAUCAGCCCAGUCAGGUGUCCUCUGAGGAUGGGACCCGGGAGGACACCUUGGAUGAUACCACAUCAGAGCAACAGUUCAGAGUCUUCAGGGACUUUGACUUCCUGGACGUAGAGCUGGAAGAUGGAGAGGAGCUGCAGGGUGAGAGUAUGGAUAACUUUAACUGGGGAGUGCGCCGGCGCUCUCUGGACAGCACAGAUCUGACUGAGCUCCUGGAGGAGAGCCAGCACUCUGACAUCACCUCCUGCAUCGGCCUACAUGACGCCCAACAGGACACCGAUGACUCCUCUGAGGAAGAGUCCAAUUCAACCAGCCAAAGCCUCUCCCACUCUCAACUAACCAUGAACCUCUCCCCCUCAGAGGACACCAAUCAUACAGACUCUCUGUCCACUUCCUACGACACCACAUCAGCUGACCCAAAUUCUCUUAAUGCUACUACACCUUGCUUGGGAGCAUCACUACCAGAUGACCACAUCAUGCCGCCUGUUUUACCAGAAGACGAAGAGUCGAAUGUCCAAGAGGAUGACCUGCCAUUCGGUGCUAAUGAGCUGCCAAUGAGGUUUGACUGUGGCUCUAGCACUAAUCUGGACCUUCCUGCAGAACAAAACCGAGCUGGAAUCAACCAGAACCCAAACUCCCUGCCCAGCUACCAUUUUGGGGAGGACCGAGAUGAUCUGGAUGAGCUGGGCUUUCCUCCUCCACCCUCCCCCUUUUUCUCUGCCAUUUUGGCAGCAUUUCAACCCACGGUGUGUGACGAUGCCGAAGAAGCCUGGCGGAGUCACAUUAACCAGCUGUUGUGUGAUACAGAUGGGUCUUGUGCCGUCUACACCUUCCACAUCUUCUCCACAAUGUUUCAGAAUAUCCAGAAUAAGUUCUGCUCCCUGACCAGCGAUGCUGCCAGUUACCUUGGAGACAGCCUGAGGGGAAUCGGGUCAAAAUUUGUGCAGUCAUCUGAGAUGUUGGCCUUAUGCUCAGACUGUCCCACGCUGUAUGUGGAUGCAGAAACGAUUGUUUCUUAUGGGCUUCUAGAGAAGAUGAAGUUCAGUGUUCUUGAGCUGCAGGAGUAUCUGGACACAUAUAACACUCGGGAGGAAGCAGUCGUCUCAUGGUUGCAGAACUGUAAGGCCACAUUUCCAAGGUAUCCUGAUGAUGGUGUGAUCACCUGUCAGCCUGGAGACUCUGAGGAGAAGCAAUUGGAGUUGUGUCAGCGACUGUACAAACUUCACUUCCAGCUCCUUCUGCUGUUUGAGUCCUAUUGUAAACUCAUCGGACAAGUGAACACCAUCAGCUCUGUGCCAGAGCUGUGGAACAUGUCGCGUGAACUGAGCGAUCUGAAGAAUUGCCUGCGGCUAGCGGAAGCCUCAUUAGCUGGUGAUCUAGAGGAUCGGCAAAGCCACGGCUCCCAGCCCAUCUUCCCCAGCUCAGAGGCAGCUGUACAGGCCAUCCUGGAGUGCUUGAACAACAACGAGUUCUCUAUGGCCAUCCGCUACACUCAAGAGUGCAGACGAAUGUGGCCAAAUGACAUUUUCGGUGGCAGCUCAGAAGAUGAGAUCCAGACUCUCCUCAACGUCUACUUCCGCCACCAAACUCUGGGCCAAACUGGCACUUUUGCCCUGGUUGGCUCGAACAAGGACAUGUCAGACGUCUGCACAAAGAUCAUGGAGCUCAACGGAGAGAUCCGGGACAUGAUCCGCCGCGCUCAGGGGUACCAGGUGAUCUCAUCCAGCCUCCUGGACUCCAGCGUGUCCGGCGUGAGUCUCUGACAGGAAGCCUGCAGCACCCCAGACCAGCCCUGGCCUGGACCGCCCGACCACUGGAUUCCUCCAUAGUCACCCAACCUCUCCUGUGCCAACCCUCAUCCCAAGACCCUCCACUCCUGCCACCCGCUCCAGGCCAGAUCCAGUGUGACGUUUGGGAGUGCUGCCACCCUUUUGAGGGUGUAACUCAUAAACUUGUGCCCUUCUUAGGGAAACUUGCACGAGCAUCCUUGACUGUACUGAAUAGGAAGGGGCUCCUGAGGAUGAGCGUGUCCUCAGGUCCUCAAAUGUGCAGCAAUAAUGGAGAAACGGAGCUGCUCCUGCGAGAUUCCUUGGAUUGAGUCACUCAAACGCAUCUAUUAAUUAUUGCACUAUGUUGACAUUUUCAUGUCAGAAACCAUGAGAAGAAAAAAAAUCCUGUUUGCUACUGAGAGCAAUGCUGCAUUUUUGGAAAGGAAGCACCCAAGUGAGAACUUCCACUUGGUUUGUUUGUUAACGUGGGGAAUGUGCAAUGAUGGAUCAUUGAAACGGAUGCCUUUCUACUGUAACUGUUCAAGAAUGUCUUUAAAAUUGAUCAGGACAUGCUGCAAAACUGAAGAUGGAACAACAUAGUAUACUGGUUGUAUGUCUUCGGUCAUGGUCACGAUACUUGUAAUUGUUUAAAGCUGAGAGUUUGUGUCUUUGUGAACCUGUCCAUCACCGGCGUACCACUAAAUAUCAGUCUCCACACCUGCACAUAGAGACACGCGCUGACAUUCAGCGAUUUGUUCAUUCAACUGAUAAGCUACUACUGCUGAAGCUGAUUCGAAUUCAAGUGCUGAUAUGAGAUUGUUUGGCUGUUUCAAUCAACGUCCUGUGCUCCACCAUACAUAGGCUCACGUUUAGGGUAAAUUUGUAUUUAAGAAAUCAGUGUAUUGAACAUGGUUUUCAAAAUUGUUCUUUGUCAGUUGCCAAGCAUGCAUUACUGUAUUUACUUUCGAAUUGUAUUUAUUAAAAGUUGUAUUUUAUUAAAAGGUUUUGUAUAAAGUGGAAAAGGGAGGUAUCACAUGGAGAUUAGUGUCACUAGUGCAUGCCUAGAGAGAUUGCACAUUAUAAAGCCUCUUUGGGAAUAUUGUCACCCCCCCCCCAAAUGUAAAUACUUAAAGCUUUUGUGAAGUAAAUUGCGCUUUCUUCAUGUUGA